AUGAACACGACCGCGCAAGACACAGUUACGCCUGGUCCGACUGCGACCGCGCCGCCGGAGACGAUUCCGAGCAAAAAGGCGCCCAAGAAACGCGUUCGAAACUUUACCGCCGACGACCGAGCUGCGCAUCGGAUCUUCGAGAAGGGCCGUCGCGAAGCCUUCAAAGAGCGAUUGAUUGAGCUCGCUGCCAAUCUACCAGCUCUAGCGGACACCGAUCCCCAGCGCCUCUCGAAGCAUGUUGUCAUCGACGAAAGCAUUGCUCGGCAUAAGCUUUUAGAGAGUAGAUGCAAUGAUGCGCUCCAGUGUAUUAACUCUUUGUUACAAGAGCGCGAGGAGCUCCUGGACGAGGUGAAUAAUUGGAGGAGGAACAAUGGCGCCCUGAUGCGGCAGCCUAGGCCACUCAACGUCAAUAUUGACGCCUUUGCGGAGACAGAGAGGGAGUUGCGACGACGCGUCGCCUUGCAAUUGGGCCGACCGACCAGGAAGAGCUCUGAGCAGUCUGGCGGGCCUACCGACGAACACUCGCAGGCUGGGUCAUCGACAAACAACCAGCCAGACGAAGCCGCUCAGGUACCUCGAGUUCUACCUUCGGAGCCCACACAAGAUGCUCGUGCGGUAUCAGAAUUGAACAAUCUAUUGCUUGAUACAUCAUGGCCAGAAGAAACCGAGUCACCGUCGGUUCGUAUCUUUUCAGGAACAGUCAUGGAAAGCUUAGCCAUGCCGGAUCAGGGCACCGCAAUGCCAUCAAGCGCGCACUCGGAAUCCAUGCCUGUGUCAAAUACGACCAUCAAUGAUUACCAGCUUCUCAGAGGAAUCGACCCUGAUAGGCAGGGAAUGUAUCAAAAUGGCAUGCUGAUGGACUUUUCAUCGACUGGAACGCCCACGUUCGACGGUAUGGAUUCUUCACAGGUACCUAUUUCGCCUGCCUUCCUCGCCCCAUCGGUCGCGAAUCAAGACUUGCGUUUUCAGCAUAAACAGCAUCAGCAUCAGCAACAACAACAAUGGGCUUCUUGGCAAGGAUGA